AUGCACUUCACGGUUACACGGACGAGGUCCCCGGACAAGGUUGGCUACGAGUCCGUCGGUGUUAUCGAGAAGCGGGGGCCUACAACCUUGGAGAUCACUGAGCUCCCCAUCAAGAAGUGGACCCAGGACUACAAGGAGGCCGUGCUCCAGCCCAUGCUGUCGACCGACGGGCCCGGUACCGGCCAGAUCGAAGACUUCAAGGAGUGCCAUACCGAGGUGACGGUCCACUUCAUCAUCACAGUCACAGAGGAGCAGAUGAAGGCCCACGAGUACAUAGGACUGGAGAAGUCCUUCAAGCUCCGGAGCUCGCUGUCGACAAACAACAUGAUCUUCUUCGACAAGGAUGGCAAGAUUAAGCGCUAUGCUGAUGAGAGGAACAUCCUUGAGGAGUUUGCAGAGUUAAGGCUCGAGUACUAUCACAAGCGCAAGGCUCACCUGGUGAAAGUCCUACGGAUCGAGGCUGAGAUUCUCGCAGCAAAGGCUCGGUUCAUUCAGGAGGUCAUUGACGAGAAGCUCAAAGUGAAGAACCGUAAGAAAGAUGUCUUGAUUGAGGACCUGCGCAAGCAUGGCUUCAAGACCCUCCGGGAGAUCACGGAAGGUGAAGAGGUCGAUGCGUCGGAGGGAUCUCAAGGAAAGGCCUGGGAGUACUUGCUGGGAAUGCCCAUUUGGUCGCUCACCGCGGAGCGAGUGGCCAACCUUCUUGCCCAGCUCAAGGAGAAGCAGGCAGAGCUUCACAAGCUCGAGUGCACAGCUCCAGAGGAGCUAUGGGAGACGGACCUCAACGAGAUUCUGACUGAGCUCAAUGCAUUGGAGGCUCGCGGUCGGGCGGCCCUGGCCGAGGAGAAAGUUGCGCAGAAGCGAGCCGCUUUGAGCAGCGCGCAAGCUUCCAAGAAGGCGAAGACGGCAGUGAGCUCUGCUCCUCUGCCGACGCCCGCCCUGGGGCCUGGACAGCUGUCUACCACGGCCCUGGCCGAAAUGCAGGAGCGACAGUUGAAGCUGACUCUCUCCGAGUUCCCGGGCCUCUUCAACGACAUGGUGCCGAAGAAGCCACCGCCACCCCCUGGGCUUGAGAAACUCACCAGAAGUGCCGCCGCAGCAGGCAAAGCCGAAGAGGGCGCGGAGGAGGGAGAGGAGACUGUAAAACCAAGGGCCAAAGCCUUCUUCGAAAAGAAGGCCAGGGGCACAGACCCCAAAGCAAAAGCAAAGGGAAAGGCUGCCAAAGGCGCCAGAGCAAGAGGGCGCGGAGCCGGGGGGCGGGGCGCGAAGGCGAAGGCCGUGAAGGGCGUUCGCGGCCGAGGAAAGAAGUGA